ACACGGCCCAGAAAAUUUCGAAGCCCAGUAAUAGCCCAAUCUCACUCUUCCCCUUCAACUUGGCGUUCAUCGUCCCCAAUUUUGAUCCAGAGAUCAAUCAAUUAACCAAUUUACCUGUUUUUACUCCUUAGUCACUGAAUUUAAUCAACGAGAUUUCUUCGUUCCACACGAAGCAUUUAACUACCAGUCUCUGUUUCUGGUAGAACCUCCUACGGUUUCCAAAUUCGGAGCCCUAAUCGGACCCGAUUCGCAUACCCAUGGGUCGUUCUCGCCCCGUUUCCCACCACGGCAAUGACGAUCCCACCCAAAGUCGGUCCAAGAGAAAAAGGGCUGCAUCAAAUGUGGAGAAUUUAGAACCUGCAACUGCAGGUCAAGGAAUGAAUGAAGGGAAGGAGACUUUAUACCACUGUAAUUAUUGCAAUAAAGAUAUCUCUGGGAAGAUUCGUAUUAAGUGUGUGACAUGUCCUGAUUAUGACCUUUGCGUGGAGUGCUUUUCUGUUGGAGCUGAGGUGACUCCACAUAAAAGCAAUCAUCCUUAUAGGGUUAUGGACAAUUUGUCAUUCCCGCUUAUAUGUCCUGACUGGAAUGCAGAUGAAGAGAUAUUACUACUGGAGGGUAUUGAAAUGUAUGGAUUCGGGAACUGGACUGAAGUUGCAGAGCAUGUUGGAACAAAAAGCAAAAUGCAAUGUAUUGACCAUUAUAAUGCUAUAUAUAUGAACUCGCCCUGCUUUCCUCUUCCGGACAUGUCUCAUGUUAUGGGAAAGAACAGAGAAGAACUCCUUGCUAUGGCCAAAGAGCAUGGUGAAGUAAGGAAAGGAAUUCCGAUGCUUGGAGAACUUACUGUGAAAGAAGAGCCUCCGCUAUCUGCGACUGCAAGAGUCAAGGUUGAAGAUCAAAGAAAAGAAGGUUCAACUGGUCGACCCUCUUCCAGCUUAACUUCAGAGGUAGGAACUGGUACGGGUGUUAGCAAUGGUACAGCUAAGGAUGCUUAUGAUGGGGUCAAAAUGGAAGAUUCUCAUGAGGACAGGAGCAUUGGAGAGAAGAAACCUAGGAUUUCUGGCGAUGAGGGCCCUUCUAUGGCAGAGUUGAGUGGAUAUAAUGCCAAGAGGCAAGAGUUUGAAGUUGAAUACGAUAAUGAUGCUGAGCAGCUAUUAGCAGACAUGGAAUUCAAAGAGAUGGACACGGAGGCUGAACGUGAACUAAAACUGCGGGUAUUGCGCAUUUACUCAAAAAGGCUUGAUGAAAGGAAGCGGAGGAAGGAUUUUAUACUAGAAAGAAAUCUACUUUACCCUAAUCCUUUUGAGAAGAACCUCUCAGCUGAAGAGAGGGAAAUAUGUCAGCGUUACAGGGUGUUCAUGCGAUUCCAUUCAAAAGAAGAGCACGAGGAACUGCUUAAGAGCGUUAUCGAGGAGCACCGGAUUUUGAAAAGAAUACAGGAUCUUCAGUCUGGGCAGGAGGCUCGAGCUGCUGGCUGCCACACAUCUGCUCAGGCUGAAAGAUAUAUUGGGCAGAAGAGGAAGAAUGAAGCUGAAGAGAGCACUCGUAGGUUGAGAAGGGUGAAUCAUCUUAAAGGAGAGCCUGAUAGCAGCCCGCAGGGAAAUGUACUGGAAUCUUCAGUAUUAGAUUCCAUUGGUAAGGACUCUACAACUGCAGGACAAGCUGUUUCAAACUCCUUGGAUUGUUGGGACAUCUCUGCAUUUCCGGGGGCUGACCUGCUUUCUGAAACUGAGAAACGGCUUUGUGGCGAGAUCAAGAUCCUACCUUCACACUACCUCAACAUGUUGCAGACCUUGUCAAUGGAGAUGUUAAAUGGCAGCAUUACUAAGAAAUCGGAUGCCCAUGGCCUGUUCAAGGUUGAUCCAAUCAAGGUGGAUAGAGUUUACGACAUGGCUGUGCACAAGGGUAUUGGUCAAUUGUGAACAUGCUUUGCAACCGACAUGACGUAGGAAAAUCUCAUGAGGAUGGGGUUCUUGGAAUAGAAGUCCAUUGGUUAGCAUGUACUGGAAGUAUUACAAUUCCGGCUAUUUAUGAAACGCUACAUCCUCAACGUCACAGAAGGUAAAGUGUUACCUGUGUACAUACCAGAUCAUUCAGUUCCAACUAUGGGAUAUCCUAAAAUAAUUUGUAGGAGUACAAAGUUAAUUAGAACGUGAAUUUUCUACUUGAGGAUUGUAUGAUUGGAAGAAUUCCGACAGUUGCAAUCACCAGGAAAGGGAAAAUGUGUUGUACUAUUUAAUAAGUAAAUUACAUUUCAAAUUUUGAGUUUCCCAUUAGAGUGCCAA